CGAACCCUCGCUCUAGAAACUCAAGUCUCUGGCGCACGCCUUCCUCCUCUCAUGAAUCCCGAUCAUCAUCCGCCAUGACGCCGCUGGCCUCCCAGCGAUUGCCCAUGGAAGCCUCUCCCGAUGGCCACCACCGCUUUCGCCCGUCGCGCCUCCGCAGUCCUUGGCCGAUCUCCGUUCUAGCUGCGCUCAUCACACUCUUCGCCUCCAUAUUCUUGUUUUUUAUCUGUCGGUCUUUCACCGUGCGGCAAGUCGGCGGCGAUGGUUGUGGUAUCCCGGUCAUGAGCCCUACGUUCAUCCGCAUGGUUGGAUUCGAUACGGAGCAUACUCGGUUUGCCAGCAAGUAUAACCUGUUUCUCUAUCGGGAGGAAGGGGUGGACCCGUACAACCAGGAAAACCUCGGGCUCAACGGAGCUCCCGUGCUCUUCUUGCCCGGAAAUGCCGGCAGUUACCGACAAGUUCGAUCCCUGGCCGCUGAAGCGUCGCGACACUACGCCGAUGUAGUCCGUCAUGACCAGGAACGUCUCAAGGCGGGAACGCGAAGUCUGGAUUUCUUCAUGAUCGAUUUCAACGAGGACAUGGCAGCUUUCCAUGGCCAAACGCUGCUGGACCAGGCGGAAUAUGUGAACGAAGCCAUAUCAUACAUUCUGUCGCUUUACCAUGAUCCCCGACGAUCGCGGAGGGACCCCAGUCUGCCAGACCCUAGCUCUGUCAUCCUGAUCGGACACUCAAUGGGAGGCAUUGUGUCCCGCACCGCUUUGACCAUGGCGAAUUACCAGGCGAAUUCCGUCAACACCAUCAUCACCAUGUCAGCCCCGCAUGCGAAGCCUCCUGUCUCAUUCGAAUCGGACAUUGUUCACACUUACAAACAAAUCAAUGAUUACUGGCGUGAAGCCUACUCGCAGACAUGGGCCAACAACAACCCGCUGUGGCACCUGACGCUGAUCUCCAUUGCUGGUGGUUCACGCGAUACAGUGGUUCCCUCCGACUACGCCAGUAUCUCGUCGCUCGUUCCGGAAACGCACGGCUUCACAGUCUUCACCUCCACUAUUCCCGAUGUUUGGAUUGGGAUGGAUCACCUUUCCAUUACAUGGUGUGACCAAUUCCGUAAGGCAAUCAUCAAAUCUUUGUUCGAUGUUGUAGACGUUCGCCGGGCUAGCCAGACAAAACCGAGGGCUGAGCGCAUGCGCAUCUUCAAGAAAUGGUAUUUGACUGGUUUGGAGAGUGUAGCGGAGAGAACACUCUCCCAAAAAGAGCCCAGCACACUAUUGACGUUAGAAGACAGCACCAAUACCAUACUCUCGCAAGGCCAGCGGCUUGUUCUUCGCGAGUUCGGCGAGGAGUCCGGUCCGAAUGUGCACCUGCUGCCGGUCCCUCCGCAAGGCGUGGCAGGGAAGAAAUUUACACUACUUACGAAUCAGCAGUUCGACAAACCCGGAGAACACGGGACCCUGGAGGUUCUGUUCUGCAGCGUCUUCCCUAUGCACAAUGGUAAAUCUGCGGGCGUCUUCUCGAUGAACAUGGACUUUUCUGGUGGUAGUGCCGGCUCAACCCGUCUUGCUUGCAAGAAUGCCGCUGAAGAUGGGAUUCAUCUGCCGGCAUCGACGCACUCUUCAAGGCAUGCUUACGACAGGGUCACUCCAUUCUCUUACCUACAGUAUGAUCUGGAGGACCUUGCAGAGCACCAGUUCGUUGCGGUUGUUGACAAGGCCCGUUCGCCAGUUCGCGGCUGGAUCGUGGCUGAGUUCUCCGAUAGUUCGGAUUCAGUCAUCCGAGCCCAUGUGGGCUUGGGAGGCCUGCUUAGCGCUGGUGUGAAGAUGCGACUGCCCGCCACUCGUCCGAUGCUCACAGAAGUCAAGAUUCCUGCUCUGCAUUCCAGUCUGUUGAACUACAAGCUCAAGAUUGUGCGACGGGGUCCGCGGCAUCAGCAAGAGCUUUUCGCACCGUUGUUGCGCCAGUCAAUUCCGGAUCCACACGAGUCAAAAUUCUUCGUCAAUGUUCAACAUGUCCAUGUCAACCUGCACGGCGUUGCACCCUUUAUGCCUCCUCCCCUUCGCGAGCAGGCAGCCUUGGGCGGGGUGUCUUUCCAGCUGUGGACGGACCCGACUUGCGAGUCUUCGGUUGACAUCUCCUUGGCAGUGGAUAUUCUGGGUAGCUUGGGUGAGCUUGUCAUGCGUUACCGGACUGUCUUUGCAGCCUUUCCGGUUCUUGUCAUUGCACUUGUCCUCCGCAAGCAAUUCCAGGUGUAUAACGAGACAGGCUAUUUCAUCACUUUCCUAGAGGGCCUUGACAGCACCAUACGGUCAUCCCUGCCCAUUCUGCUGCUGGCUAUGUCACUCCUGGCUUCCUCCCUGGCUACAUCUAGCACCUUGCCUCAGCGUGACGACCCGUUCCACUGGCGCACGAACGCUACGGAAACUCCAGUGGACUAUACCAAGAAUGACCUCCUUCUGGGCUCCCAGGAUGCAUUCUUCUGGUUUCUAGUACCGAUCUUUGGUAUGAUCAGUGUGGGUGUUUGUGUCCUAAUCAACUACAUUGCUUUGUCUCUGCUUUCGGUGCUGGCCUUUAUUUAUGGUCUCUUAAACAGCCGGUCAGGGUACAUCAAGCGGGAUGACAAGGGAAAUCUUUCCAUGUUCUGUGCUCCUACCCCCAGACGGCGACUGAUCAACACGGCGAUCCUAUUGAUCCUUGUCUCCACGGUUGUACCUUACCAAUUUGCGUACAUGGUGGCCUGCAUUGUGCAACUGGCUACCUGUGUGCGCGCCCAAUGGCAUGCCAAAGAGACCAAUUCCACGACCCAUUAUAACUUUGCCAACUACACCUACUCGAUCUUCCUGUUAAUGCUCUGGAUUCUUCCGAUCAACAUCCUUGUUUUGCUUGUCUGGGCGCACAAUCUUGUGGUUCACUGGUUCAUGCCCUUUUCUUCUCACCAUAACGUGCUCUCUAUAAUGCCCUUUAUCCUGCUUGUCGAGGCUAUGACUACAGGAACCAUGAUUCCUCGAGUCACUACACGGUUGAAAAACAUCACCUCUGUUAUCCUCUUCGCCAUUGCGGUCUACUCGGCAGUGUACGGGGUUUCUUACGCCUACCUGCUUCACCAUCUUACUAAUAUACUGGCUGCUUGGCUGGUCGUGAUCUACCUGUUUGGCAGCGGUUUCUCGAUCCGUCGGCUGUGGCGGCUGGUGGACCCUGAUGAAGGGACGCCCACCACGUCGGAAGCUGGCAGCCACAUGAAGAAAAAGCCAUAGCAGUCUCAAAUUCGUGGAUUUCUUUUUCUCCUUUCGCUUCUUAUAUGUUUCUCUUAUCUUCUCUGUUGCAUUUUGCCGGUUACUCCCGUGGGACCAUGAUUAUAAGGAGUUCAAUAUCUUUUGUUUUGGAGCGGCGUCGUUGCGUUUUUUGCCUGUCCGAGUGAUAGGCCUCCCUACAUGUACAGGAUUUUGUUACAGUAUCACCCCGAUCUGUGCGCGCCGUGAGUCGUCUGUAUAUACGGUGGGAACUGGGAUAUAGACUCUGACCAGGAGAUAAGAUAAUGUACGCAGAC